CGUUAAGAAAGAAGAAGCUGAGUGUCCGGCAGAGUCACACAUCACUUGCGCGCUUUAUGCUGAACAAUACUCUUUAACGACAUGGAUUUAACCGAACAGAUCAGCCAGUUGGAGGCAGACUUGCAGGAGCUGGGCUCCAUCCUGGAGAAGGCAGAGAGGAAAAGAGUGCAGGAAGUGUUAAAACAAGAGCAGAAGAAGGUGGAAAAGGAGCUUGCAACCAAAAGACAACAGAAAGAGCUCCAGGCCAAGAGAGAGGCGGAUCCAUCUGCAGCCUCUAAAGCAGCAUACACAGUCAAAAUUACCAGCUACGCGUGGGACCAGUCUGAGAAAUUUGUCAAAAUUUACCUCGCCCUGAAAAACGUGCACAAAAUCCCAGCAGAAAAUGUGGAAGUCAACUUUACGGAAAAGUCGUUUUCUGUGCUCAUUAAGGACCUGGAUGGAAAAAACCAUCAGAUGACGGUUCUCAACCUCUUGUAUCCGAUCGAUGAGAAGGAGAGCUACAGAAAGAUAAAAACUGACAUGGUCUUGAUCAUGUGCAAGAAGCAGACGUCAAAGAAGUGGGAGUGCCUUACAGCGGUGGAGAAGCAGGCUAAAGAGAAAGAAAAACCCACCAUGGAUGACAACGCAGACCCCAGCGAUGGCCUGAUGAACAUGCUGAAGAAGAUCUACGCCGAGGGAGACGACGAGAUGAAGAGAACCAUCAACAAAGCCUGGUCCGAGUCCCAGGACAAGAAACUGAAAGGAGAUAACAUGAUGGACUUCUGAUCCCUGCAGCAGGACCAAAUAGGAUCCGAGUCCAUUGAGACAUUAAAUAUUCCAACUGACAUAUGAAAUAAAGAAAACUAUAUGCAGGAACAUUUCCAGCUCUGAAUGAGCAUCUGAAAUUUUAUUCUUUGGCCAUAAUGCGUCGAGAUGAGAGGAAAACGCUUGUAGAGAUAUGAGGGCUUCUGCCAGCAGGUGGCAGCCUCGACACAUAUUUCUCUCAAUGCUGAUGUUGGAUUCCAACUCUGAGGAAAGAGGUCUGUUUUCCUGAACAUAUUCAGCUUGAUGUGUGAAUUCCAUUCGUUUAUGUCUUACUUUUCAGCUACGUCAUGUUGAAAGGGUUAAAGAGUCAACAUGCACUUGUCUCUGCAGCUCGUCAUUCAUUUGUUUCAGGCAGACUUCAUGGUUUCGGUCGGACUUCAAUGUAGUUGGUGAAUAUAAUGUUCUUGUCUUCAGUGCAGCUAAACUGAGCUGUUAAAAGUUUUCAGAUGUAAGUUUUCCAAGUCUGGCUCACAUUCCUGCAGCAGCCUUUCAUUUUGAAUCAUUCCAUAAGUACAAUAAAUAAUCGCAGCGAUGCCAGUAGAACUAAUGUUACUGCAUGCGUCUGUGUUAAGGACUUUGCUCAAGUGUAAUGUCCUGAUACUCUUCGUUGUAAUUCCUCAUCUGUCAUUUCUGUGCACGUGAAGGAUCUUCCGCUAUACUCUCUGUACGGCAGCGUUAUUCUCUUUGUUCGUCCAACAUUUUUUGCAAACGAAUGUCAGUGUCGACCUGCUGUUGUCACCCUGAUCAUGCCGAUGCUCGCCAUCAGGUUGUUCAUGCACUUCCAAUAAAUGUGUUGAAUUUA